AGCUUGUGAUUUUACCGUUGUGUAAGACGGUUUUUAUAAAGUGACUCCUACUUCGCCGCUGGCAAAUGGUUAACCAGACGGUGGCCUCUAAAAAGGCACUGUAGUUCAGUGUAGCAAUUACCCAAGAGGGAGGUUAAAACUCGUCUUUAACGGAAUAAAAAUCAGUAAAUAAAAAUAGGGCUUAGAUGGGAAGUCACAGACAGCAUCGAGUUUCGGUGAAAUACCGUGCUGGGCGUGGGCUAGAUCUUUUCCAGCAGACAGACUGUAUUCAAGUAAUUUGUGUUUAUCAUUAUGAAAGAUAAAUACAAAUUGUUAUUAUGAAAGACAGUCUAAGCCAAAAUGGCAUGAAAAUUUUUAAUUACCUUGAGAGUUGUGCCCUAACAUACUUUGGAAAACAAACACUACUAUAGCUUUUCCAAAUUGGUAGAAAAUCAGGAGUUUCCCAAAAGCCUGUGUACAUUUCUGCUUGUUUGGGGGUUUAUAAUGUCCAGAAUAUUCUUUUGUAUAGUGAAAACCUCAUAUCGUUUUGUGUUCAAGGUAAUGAAAGCCAGGACAGUUCAGUUCUUUUAAGGGCUGUAUUCUAUUAGGAGAGCCAAAAAACAAACACAUAAAAAGUUGCAUAAGAAAUGUAAGUUAUGGUUUAAGAUAUUUGAAGAUGUCUAAAAACCUAUAUUUGGCAUGGAAAGAGCUGGUGAGUGCUGGAAACAUUUGCUCCUCCGCUGAUUGUUGCCAUGUGGGAAUGUGGGUCCCUCAUGCACAGAUCUGACUUUCCCCAUCACAGGCCAAAAAUCUCUAUCUAUCUUUGUAAUAUUUCUUGAUUUUUAUUGUUAUUGGCAACCAAUUCGUUAUGCACUCACAUACCCUCUAUGGGCCAGGAACAGCCAGUUUGUGACAUCUGCAGAUUAUCACCUGAGUACUCAGAAAUAAUUGGAAUUAAAAGAGGAAAAAGUUCCUGGAAACUGUCAGGAAGGGAUUUAAGAAAACAGUGGGAUUUAAGCUGGGUUGAGGAGAGGCGUCAUGGAAGAGAAGAAUGUAACCAGUGAAGACUUCCCUGUUGGUAUAGUGGCUAGGACUCUGCAUUCCCAAUGUAGGGGUCCCUGGGUUCAGUUCCUUGGUGGGGGAACUAAGAUCUCACAACUAAAGAUUCUGCAUGCUGCAGAAUCAAUGUGAAGCAGCUAAGUAAAUAAAGAAAGAAAAGAGAAUGUAACCAGUGAGUAAAAUCUCACUUGGGAAAGUGAAUAGGAGGUUUGGAAGAUCCUAAGUAAACUCUUAGUAGAAGUCUGAGAAGGCAAGUAUGGUAAAUGGAGGAAAACUAGUUUGGGAGACCCUUCAAUACCAGACUAGACUUUAUCCUCAGGCACUGGGUUCUCAAAUUUGAGCUUACAUCAUAAUCACCUGGCAGGUUUGUGAGAGAGUGGCAGGCAUGGCCCCCACCUCCAGAGUUCUUGCUUCAGAAGUUCUGGGGCCGGGCUUGAGAAUUUCGCUCUUAUCCAUUCUCAGUUGCUGGAGUUGCUGCUGGUUUGGGGACCACACUGAGAACUACUGUCCUCGCAUGGGGGAAGCUAUUGGAGGAAUUUGAAGUGGAUUAGUAAGGAGAUCACAUUCAUGGUUCACUAUAAGUCUUGCUGUGUCAUCCAAGAUGGAGGAUUGGGGAAGGGAGGAAAGAGAGAAGAAAAGACGAUUCCUUAGAGUUGGUUAACACCUGUUGGUGCCAGGCCCUCUCAUGCACACAAUUUCAUUUCAUAGUCUGACUCUCAUGUAGUAGUUAUUGAAAUUAAGAAUAUUCAUUGGAUCAAUUUCAAGACAAAUAUUCCAAGUCAGACUGGCUGCUGCUGAACAAAUUUUUAAUGAAGGAAAACAUCCAUAUAUUGAAAUCAGACUUUAAGAAGGAAGUCCUAAAAAUAUAUUUAUACAGUGAAAUCUAGAAAAAUGGAGUCACAAAUCACAUUGAACCAAAAAACAUCCAGCGUUUUCUUGCAUUACAAUGAAUAUUCCCAUGCUGCUCCAGUGUCCUCACCAGUACUUCCUGAAAGGCCUGUUGAGAACACCUUUCCGACGUUACCGCUUCGUCUUUCACCCAAGCCCUCACCUCAGCUCCGGAGUUCCACGUGCUCAGCCGCGCAGCGCUCCUGGACUCCAUUGUGCAGAGUGGAUGCUGCCAUCGAAUGGUUUACCGAGAAAGUUCUGUCUGCAAACAGCCUUAGAGGGACACACAGAAGGGCUUUCUGAUAAAGAGCAAAGACUUGUGGAUAAGCUCUAUGCUGGUUUAAUCCAAGGCCAAAGGGCCUGUUUAGCGGAGGCCAUAACUCUUGUAGAAUCAACACACAGCAGGAAAAAGGAGUUAGCGCAGGUGCUUCUUCAGAAAGUAUUAGCCCACCACAGAGAACAAGAAAAAUUAAAUAAAGGAAAACCACUAGCAUUUCGAGUAGGGUUGUCUGGGCCUCCUGGUGCUGGAAAAUCAACCUUCAUAGAAUAUUUUGGAAAAAUGCUCACUGAGAGAGGACACAAAUUAUCUGUGCUGGCUGUGGACCCUUCUUCUUGUAGCAGUGGCGGUGAGUAUCACAGGUUCUUUAUAAAUUGCAGAGCAAGGGCUCGUGGGGCCAGCUCUCUGCUAGAGUUUAGGGGCAAACUGAACCAGAUUUGAGUUUGGUCUCAUAUUUGAGUU